GCGCACGGUUGGAACCGUGACGCGUGCCCGAAGGCGCGUGUGCGUGGCUUUCUCGCGUGCGCACCUUAGCGCGAUGGUAGAAGAACGUCACAAGUGCAGCUGACACCGCCGGGCUCGUUGUGUUAGACGAGGCGGUACGAAAUUCACACUUUCACUUCUUGGACGCUCGGGGACGCGCAUGUGGACAGGAGAGUGACCCGGGCACCGUCACGCUUUUGUGCUGUGCUUUUUGGACAACCUCUCGGAGGAAAUUUUCUCACCCGUGGAGGACGGUUUGCCCGUUUGGACAUCAUGACAGACGCAAAGUGCCUUCUGAAAACACCAUGUAAUUUCCAAUCAUCUGCCAUGUUUGAAGACUCUGAAUCUGUGGAGGUAGACGGAAGCAGCACAGAGAGCACAGUAGCCUCUACCAUCAGCGCUUGUAAAAAGGUUCUGUGCGGUAACGGUGUGCUGGACUCAUCAGACUAUUGGCUGAGGAAUAACAAAGCUCUGUGCAGACUGGGCCUGCUGGACGACAACACAGAGACCAGCUGCACCAUGGAUGAUGGAGUGCACCUCUAUUGA